CGCUCGUUCAUUCAUUCAUUAGUCGCGCACGAUUUGUAAAUUAUAAACACGUUGUUGUGAUCUUUUAUUUGUGAAUUUAAUUAUUUUUUUCAGUGAAUAGCACCCUAAAACAUCAACCAUGGCGGAGUUUGUAAACCAACGUAUCGAGGAUAUGAUAAAUGAGUUGGAGCAGAUGAGAAGAACGGGAAUGUAUAACGACGAUGAGAUAAGAGAAAUAGCACGAAAGCGGAAAGAGUUCGAAUAUAAAAUCCAAAGACGCGUAAAAAGCAAGGAAGAUUUCGUCCAUUAUAUCGAGUAUGAACUUACAAUGCUUGAAGACAUUUCUCUUCGGAGGCGGCAGGCGAAUCUAAGCGAAUUAAAGAAGGAUAUAGAGUAUGCGAUCGCUAAACGGGUCAACAAAGUGUUCAAGCAGUUCAUAUACCGAUUCCAGAACGACAUCGAGAUAUACUUCCAGUAUAUCAAGUUCUGCAGAGGUGUGGGUUUCGAAUCUGCCAUUUCUGGCAUCAUUGGACAAAUGCUACAGAUGUACGGUGACAAGCCAAAGAUGUGGCAACUAGCCAGCAAGUGGGAGAGCGAGGAGCAGCGGAACCUGCCGGCGGCACGGGACUUCCUGCUGAAGGGGCUUCACCGCCACCCAGACGCAGAGGUGCUCUACCUCGACUUGUUCAAAAUUGAACUGAUGCUGGCUAAUAACAGUGCUACUGAUGAGGACAAGGAGAAGCAAAUCAAGAGGGCAUCAAUUGUAUGGAGGAACUGUGAAAAAAAUAUAACUGAUGUGUCAGUUCUGUUCAAACUGUUUGAUGUGUGUGUGUUGUAUGAUGCGGGCGGCUCCCUGCUGCGCGAGAUCAAGGAGGAGAUCUGGAGCAGGAACACCCAGCGGGAAGUGUGGUGUUUCAUAGCUGCUAAGGAGUUAGAGGGUUGCCACUGGGAUGAUAUAGAAGAAUUUGUGGAUGAAGACUCUGACUAUCCUGACAACUUGAAAUAUUACAUGGCUGUCUAUGAAGAAACACUUCAAAGGUUCCCAGAGGAGAGCCUCUGUACAAAACUCAUUCAUAACCUGCUUGGAGCCAGUGACAGCGUGUGUUUUGGAGAACAGAAGGUGAAUGCAGUGAAGAGUGCCUGGCUGGUCGGUCACGAGCAGGGCUUGCUGCCAGAUCACAUGUACCCCUUCGGCAUACAGAUGCUAAAGCUAGAGAAUGAACUCAGUAGCAGUGAACUUUUUGAGAUUUUGGACACAGCUACAAAGAGGAAGCCGUCGGCCAAAUGUCUGUGGGAAGAGAAGCUCUCUCUGGCCAAGCCUGAUGAGAGGAAGAUGCUGGCAGUAGUCCAGGAGGCGUCCCGGGCACUGGCGGCUGACGACGCUGCACUGCUGUGGCACUGGCUCCUGGACCAUGUUGAGACUAGUGCUACUCUCAAGAAUGUCUACAAGAGGGUUCAAAACUGCGAGAGUGCGGUGCUGCUGGCUGUUAAGUCCAAGUUACUAGUGAAAAUGUAUGAGCACUGCGGCUUGAAGGCGACCAGGGAAAUGUAUGAAGAAUUCAUACGGACUCCACCCAUACAACUCGAUCUACACACAGCAAUGAUUGACAUUGAAUUUAAUCAGGAAGUCGUCAAUGUGAAGCAAAUUCGGAAAUGUUAUGAGUGCUUAGUCCAACAUCAUGGUAGAGACAAUGUUGAUGUCUGGUGUGACUACAUGAAGUUUGAGACCAGUAAAGGAAGUGCCGCCCUGUCUCCCGCCAUCUACAGAAGAGCUGUAGCUACACUCAAGAAGGAACUAGUUGAUCAAUUCAUCAAGAAUCAGGCUUUAGCUAAAAUAAAAUCAUAACCUGACUGCACAAGUUGUCCUGUUUUGUUUUACUGAUAAGAUAAUAAAAAGCACAUUGACAAAACAAACAUUUAUUGUGAUAACCUUUAUCAACAAUCUAGCAAAAGAAUGCCCACAUAUUACACCAUUUAUACUAAAUUAUUUACAUGUCAAUUGUACAUAACAUUAAACUCUCCCUACUAGAAAGUAUGACUAUAAUAGAAUUCAUAGGUAAAUGUGGAAUUUAACACUUAGCAAAUAAAUUUGAAUAAAU